UUGCUGCUUAGAAAGCCCACUGCUUCUAGCUGUAAAACCCUUGUCUAGGGUUUCUGUCUUUUUGAACCGUCUGUGUCUGCUCACUCGGCCGUGUUUGUGGUCUCUGCAGGUAAACAUGGCGAAACCUGGUCGUGGUCGUCCGGCCACGCCUUCGGGCUCGGACUCGGGUUCGUCUUCUCGGUCCCGCUCUCGCUCGACUUCUGGUUCAGAUUCACGUUCUCGUUCGCUGUCCCGUUCUCGGUCUCGCUCCCUCUCUUCCUCUUCCUCUCCUUCUCGGAGUGUCAGUUCUCGCAGCAGAUCUCCUCCACCUCAGAGAAAAAGUCCUGCAGUUGCAGCCAGGCGUCGGCCUUCUCCUCCACCAGCUAAACGGGCUUCACCUCCACCAAGGAAAGCAUCUCCAGUUCUUGAGUCUGUCGUUCUGCACAUUGACAAGCUUACCAGGAAUGUGAAUGAAGGACAUUUAAAAGAAAUAUUCAGUAACUUUGGUGAAGUAGUUAAUGUGGAAUUGAUUAUGGAUCGUAUUGUUAAUCUUCCUCGUGGAUAUGGCUAUGUGGAGUUCAAGACGAGGGCUGAUGCAGAAAAAGCGCAACUUUACAUGGAUGGUGCUCAAAUUGAUGGGAAUGUUGUUCAAGCAAGAUUCACCUUACCUCCACGCCAGAAAGUGUCAUCCCCUCCAAAGGCUAUUCCUGCCUCUCAGAAAAGAGAAGCUCCCCAAAAGGAUAAUGUUGGUGCUGAUAUUGAAAAGGAUGGGCAGCGCCAGAGAGAACCUUCUCCACGUCGUAAACCUCUUUCACCACCACGAAGGAGAUCCCCUGUAUCACAUCGAAGGCGGCCAGAAUCUCCUCCACGACGACGUGUAGAGUCCCCUGUUCGUCGCCGAGGGGAAUCUCCGUAUCGUCGUGGUGAAACGACUCCCAGAAGGAGGCCAGCAUCUCCUGUUAGAAGACGUUCUCCGUCACCUCUUCCAAGGCGGCACAGGUCUCCUGCACGAACUUCUCCCCGAAGAAUACGUGGUAGUCCAGUCCGCAAGCGAUCCCCUGUCCCGCUGAGGCGACGUUCUCCUCCUAGACGAGCACGUAGUCCUCCUAGAAGGUCACCAAUCCGUCGGCGUAGCCGCUCUCCUGUUCGUAGGCCUGCUCGGUCACGUUCAAGAUCAGUCUCUCCUCGCAGGGGCCGAGCAUUGGCUCAAAGACGUGGAAAAUCUUCAUCGUAUUCUGGAUCACCCAGUCCUCGCAAGGGAGCGAGGAAAAUUUCAAGAAGUCGUAGCCCAAGAAGAUCCGGUCUAAGUGUAAGGAGGAUAGACAAGAGACAGGCCUGGCCGAGGAAGAAGCAGUAGUAAUAGCCGCAGCAGCAGUUCCCCGCCUGCAAAACCAUAAUAAGUUACUAACUAAACAGCAGGCAGAUUUCUCUUCCCUCCCCUCCCCCCCAAAUUGAAGGAAAAAGAAGAAGAAAACAUAUGGACCUUUUGAUGUGAUUUUAGAAAGGGAAACCCUGAAACAUAAGACAGAAGUAAGAUAUCUCAUGGUCUUCGAAUUUGGUGGUUUUUUGUGAUUGGAUUCAUGGCCUUGCCUUGCAUGAGAAAGGGCUUUCCAACAUUGGCUUUUCUAAUUGUCUUAACAUUUGUGGGAUUCAUGUUGUAUGCAUUGAUGCUUCUAGAAUGACUCCAUUUUAUUAGACUUGUAAUAGGAACUUGGCACGACGUUGAUAAUUCCUGUGCUUCUGAUGGUGCUUGAUCA